CUCUUGGAAGACUGAUAAUGUUACGACAACAUUUACAGAAGACGGUUAUACUUUGGAAUGUAACACGACUCAUCUGACUGCUUUCUCUAUACUAAUGAGCACGAAACUACCUCCUCCGCACGACAGUAUACUAUCCUACCUAACCUACGUGUGCGGGGGAAUGUCGUGUCUUGCUCUAGUGCUCACUCUCAUAGCCCUCACUUGGUUCAAGGACAUCAGACGGUCUCCUUCUAACAAGAUUCACAUCUACCUGGCUACAACCAUGUUACUUGCCAUGCUCCUCUUCCUGGGAGGAGCAAAACAUUAUGAUGGCAUGAACGAGCACCUCUGUAAAGCUAUAGCUAUAGCUCUACAUUACUUGUGGUUAACUAUGUUUAUGUGGACUGUGGUGGAAUCUUACAAUCUCUGGUUGCUCUUCAUCAGGAUCCUUCAAGCUAGAAGCUCCAGAUUUAUAAUGAAAUUAGCGAUAAUGGUAUUUGUGAUACCGGGACUGAUUGUUGGUUUAACUGCCGGAAUAUCUUAUGACAGUUAUACUGACGACACGGUUUGUCUGCUUCGGAAUUCCAACGAGAACAACAUACCAAUGCUAUACUUCGCUUUCUAUAUUCCAAUUGGUGUAUCGAUUAUAGUAAACGGGGGUAUCUUCAUCGCUGUUGUCGCCAAAAUCUUCAAGAAAGGAAGAUACCAGCAUUUCGAGAGUAAAGUACAGAAAAUAAUCUCACAGUUGAAGGCUGUUUGUACUUUGUCGUGUGUUUUGGGUCUCGCCUGGGUGCUGGGGUUUCUGGUGUUCGACCAUCCCGCUAAUAUUGCAUUUCACUAUCUGUUUACUGUCUGCAAUACUCUGCAAGGAGUCCUGAUUUUCAUCUUUCACUGUGCAAUCAAACCGGACAUUUACCAGAAGUGGUUGUAUUUCUUCUGCAACAUUGGGAAGGAAUCUAAAAGUACACCCAGUAGCAGAUCAAAUACUCCAACAAAAAGCAGACUGGAUUUAUUUACCGGGAUGUUCCAAAAACGAAGCUCCAUAGUAACCCUCUCCACCACCGUCACCAAGUUGAGUCUAACAAAGCAGCUGACUCGCCAAAGGACUGACAGCAAAGAUUCCCUAACUGCCGGUAUGCAAACAGCGGUGGCUCUAAUGAAGAAAGCAUCGCUGGAGCCACUUGAAGAAAAGGAAAGCUCCGUUGCUAGUCCUUCACUGGAGCCUGUUAAAAUAGUACGGAAAAAGAUGUUAAGCUCCCGAUCCUCACUUGGAGACCAGUCAGGGCACAAUUUAACUCCUCCGGGUGACCCUGUUCCCAGCUAUUUCGAGUUCCUGGAAGCUCAAGAAACUAACACUAACAAUCCCAAGAGAUCAACUUUACCGAGAAGUUUUGCUAUUGCUCAGACAAAGAUAAAGGAUGCAGUGGCAGCCAUAAGUCCUGAACGCCAUGACAGACCUAAAAGAAAAGAAGUUUCCACGGUCGCGACCGCGAAUAAAGAUAAAGUAAUCAUUGCAGGAAAGAAGAUAAUAAGAAGCCAGCAUAUGCGAGUAGAGGAGCAAAGUCAGCAAUUAGCUGAGAUUGAGCUUAACUUGGAGCAACGACUAUUCGUAUUAAACAGCAGCAGUCCUGAUUCAAGUUCGUAUGCCUCCGGAAAAAGGUCCGCUUCUCCUCUAGAUCUGAUCAGAGGCCGAGGAAAAAUAACACCCACGCCCCCACCACAGAGUGAAGUUGUAAAAUUCAAGAGAAAACAAACUCUAAAACAAACUCCCAAAGCGGAAAUUGAUCAAUUGUCAACACUAAAAAAUGGUGCUAAGUUCAAGGCAAGGUUGACUCCUAAAACUUCACUGGAAAUAAAGCCCCAAACUCCGAUUACCACAAAACUUUCUCAGUUAGAAGAAUGGAUUCUUUGAGAGCACUUAUAAGAUCCGGGACAGAAUGACACCUUAUUUAUCAUUUCAUAUGAUUCAUUUCUAUUACCUAUAAAUAGUUUUUGAAUAUAUCUGGUAUAGCUGCGUAUCAAAAUCCUAUUUAUCUUUGUUCUUUUGUUGAUAUCGUGAUAGAACUUGCUUAGGAUAUCUUAAUAUUUUGACCACUUUUCGUAAUGAAGAUUUAUGAUUUAUUUAUGAAACUAUUUUACCAAAACCAAUAAUCAUGGGUAAAGUGGAGCACUACACUGGAGCUGCAGCUGUACUCAGCAAUAACGAUUCGAUAAAACUCAGCUAAUUGGACACUAAUUACCGCCCUUAUCCCGAAGUACCAUGGGCCCGAAAGCGACCCAAAUGGAUUUUUACAGAGUGUAAUUGAUGUAAUAAACCAAAACUGAUUACUAUUCGUAAGCCGUGAAUGAAUUCAAAUUAAUAUCAAUUCCUUUUGUUUUGGAAAGGGGAACACUGG